CAUGUUGUUUUUCUUAGUAUGGCAGUCAAGAUCAAAGGUUUGUUUAAGUGGAUUAAUGAAUUGAAUGGCACUGUACUCUAAACCAUGGGGCCUGCUACUCAAACUGGAUCUUAUAGACCAUCUGCUAGCUUAAUUUUAGCUGCCAAAGAGGAUUCCUUAAGGGAUUACGACUACAGAUUACUUCUGAUUAAACGAACUGAACGCACUUCCUAUGCUCUGAAUCACUGUGUAUUUCCUGGCGGCGUGUUUGAUUCCCAAGAGGAUGAGUCUCCUGAAUGGAUCAAAUAUUUUAAGUCCUUCGGAGUGACUGAUGAGCAUUUAAGAAAAUUAACCCACAAACAAGACACUCCUAGACCACAAUUUCUAAACGCCGAUAAGCACUUUUCUAGGGACAUUGCCCUGCGUCUGACUGCCCUCAGGGAAACCUUCGAAGAAGUAGGGAUCUUGAUCUGUACGAAUCAGAAUAGUUUCAAGAACUGGGAUUCAAAAUUAGACCACCCUUGUACCCUGCUUCUCGAGCCAAGCGAACGAUCUGAGUGGCAGCAUAGGGUUCACAAUAAUGCUUCACAGUUCCUGGAACUCUACAGGUAUCUCAAUGUCAUUCCUAACCUCUGGUCUCUCCAGGAAUGGUCCAUUUGGAGGACAGCAGCGACUGCCAAUCGAAAAUAUGACACAGUAUACUAUGUCACCACUCUGGAUAAAAAGGCCGAGGAGGUGAGUCUUCUGUUGGAACCGCACGAAGUGGCCUCAGCCCAUUGGAUGAGUCCUGCAGAGGCCUGGACAAGCUCUCAGGAUGGGACCAUUUGGCUUCCGUUUAUGCUACUCUACGAUAUUGCUCGAUUGAUGAACCUAAAUCGCUGGCAGGAGCUUCUCAAUUUUUCUCGUGAACGGAGCUCCAGAGGAACCACAAUGAUACAACCUGUUUACUUUCGCUGUGAUGAUUGCAUGUUUGGAGUGCUUCCAGGAGAUGAGCUAUAUCCCAAGGACCCCGGCGCUUGCACACAAUCGAUUAUAUUGCCGGGGUCAGUCAACGAAAUUCAUCAAAAGGCUCAACAGUAUAAUCGCUAUAUUGUAUACGAUUUCCACCAAGUGGUUCUGGCUUCCAAUGUCCCACCCAAUGAUGGUCACUUGCCACUGCAGCCACUGGUCAAUACCAAACUGUCAAAGUUGUAGUAAAAAUUAUAUUUUCUGGUUGUCUACAAGA